CGAUCCCGUUUUAUUGCAGUAUUUUUCUUCUACAUACCUGUUUAUCAGAUUAACAAGAUAAACUUAAACGGUUGAAAAUUAGAUAAAUGUGCCUAAAUCAAACAAAUGACAACGAUCUACUACCAGCCAAUCAGGUUAGUUUUCCAUGCUGCCAUAUGCAAGGAGUGACACGUGACAAGAAACACCAAAAUGACAAGUUAAAAGCUCGUCAGUGACUCAUGUCUAAUCCAUUUCAAGGACCCUGAUAUAUCAUGCUUACAGUCAUUUAUACUAAUAUAAAUAACACUUUUUUUUUAUUUUUCUAACAUUAGUUUAUUAGCAUAGGACAACAUAAAUCUGUGUUAACUCCCUGUGUCCCUCCCUAUAUUAUUACUACCGAGAGAGAAAGAGUGAUCUUGCAAGUUCUGUUCUAUUCCUGUUCCAGCAAGCCAUGGCAAUUUCAGGUUCAGAGACUCAGAGUCCUUCAGUGAAAAGCGUUUCUCAGGUGGAAGUUGAGUGUGUGAAAUGCGACUCGUGCGGGUUCACAGAGGAAUGCACCCCUGCGUACAUCACGAGGGUGCGUCAGAGGUACCAGGGUCACUGGCUGUGUGGGCUGUGCGUGGAGGCUGUGAAGCACGAGGUGGUGAGAUCAGAUAGUCUCAUCACCACGGAAGAAGCGCUGGACCGCCACAUCAGCUUCUGCAGAGAGUUCAGAUCAUCUACGGUUACCAAUAAUAAAACAGAGCACCCUAUCUUCGCCAUGGGACGCGUUCUCCGGAGGAGCCUCGACUCUCCCAGGCCUCUCCGAUCGAACUCGAGUGGGGCUCUUCCGUCCGUGGACGGAGUUCGUGCCUCACACUUCCUUCGAUCGGAGAGUUGUUUCUCUUCUAUCUCGGGUUAAAAAGGUCUUUUUAGUUUGCUUUAUCAGACUCUUUUAGUUGCAGCAGGUAAAGUAUGGAGCGUGUGUUUUUCUGUGACUGACAGGUUUUAGAAAUCUAUAACGAAGGCUCUCUAACAUUAGCCCUUUCUGUUUAGAUUGAUUGAGGGGUUUUGUUCCAUGGCUUCGCUACUAGCUCCUUUUUUUCUAUGAUCUUCAAUGUAUAUACAGACUGAUUAGCAAAUUCUAAAAUUUAGUUCUUCUAUUCUGUUUGUUUGCCUUUUCAGUAUCUUCUGCAGAAUUAGACAAAAAUUAGAUACAGUUUCUUAUGUGCUUUUAAUACUUUUUCUAAUCAAAA